AUGAAUUGCGUCAAGUCUGUUAGGUUUGCGGUGGUGGUGAUCAACGACAAACCCGACAGAUACUUCUCCCUUCUCGGGGCAUUCGACAGGGAGAUCCCAUAUCACCCGCCUGGUGGACAUCUCCUGUCGCACCUCCUCUUUGCCGACGACACAUUACUUUUUCUGAAGGCUAAUGUACAUAAUUGCCACAACAUCACAAGAAUCCUUCAUGACUUCUACCAUGCUUCUGGUCAACAAGUGAGCUUGGAGAAGUCAAGUGUCUACUUCAGCUCUAACACUUCUGACCUAAUUCCUUCAUCCCUCAGCGGUAUCCUUCACAUGCCAAUUGUAACUGAUCCUGGGAAAUAUCUGGGCCUCCCAACUAUUUGGGGGCAGGCAAAGAAGGAUGCCCUUGGGUUCGUCAAAGACAAAAUCCAGCUGAAGGCUGCCCGGGAGACUCUUAUCAAAGUCGUCGCCCUUGCUGUGCCAACUUACCUGAUGAACAUUUUUCUCUUCCCAAACUCACUGUGCAAGGAAAUCAACUCUAUCCUUGCUAAUUUCUAG